AUGAGCACUUCUGUGCAGAAGAGAAGAAAGAAGCUGACGAAGUACAUGCAUCACAAGGUGACUCUAGACCUUAUUCAAAUCGCUUUCUCGCAUCCCGGUUUGGAUGAUUCCUCUGUUUUAGAAGCUCUCAACCUCAUCGAUCCAGCUGUCACGGAUUCGUACCCCGACGGCCUUCACUUAACUGAGUCGGGGGUCGAUACUUCUUUGUUCUGUCCACCAUGUUACCCCGCAUCAUCCGAUGAGUUAGUUCUACCUGCCGAAUUGGUGAACGUUUCACAGAGCGAAUCGGAUUAUCGUCCUGAUGAGGUUAAUGAGCCCAUCUUCCCAAAUGUAACUGACAGCAUCGCCAUGAGCCGUCCACCAUUUGGUGUUGGUUACGAAGAGGUGGAAGGGGUUCCACACGCUUGUGACGGCCCGGUGACUGAGUCAACACCCGACUUUUAGCGGACACACUUCCCAAAUCCACACCAUUCUUCUUAGAACGAGAGAAUGCUGGAGGUGCUGCACUGUCGGAUCAGUUCGCUCACGCAAUUCCCGUCUCACCAGUUCAGUCGAUCGAAGGUGAAUCUUUCUAUCCCUUGGAUCCACAAGCUGACUCUCUUGCCACUUUUCGGCGUUAUGAGCAUUUUUGCGCAGAGGCACCCUUAAAUGGUGUUAUCGAAGGGGACUGUGCGAAAUCUGUUCAGUCGCUUGAUGAGGGGAGUACUCAUUUCCAGAUGCGGCCAGGAGCUAACCUUCCAGA